GGUAAGUACCAAAAAUACCCCCGCCAUCUUCGCAUUUCUUUAUCUUCAAAUUCCUUUUUAAACCCUACAAAUCCACCCCCACCAGACCCCAUAAUAUCUGCAGGAUUUUUCUCGAGAGAAGCUGAGAAAAAUGAGUCGACUCAGGAGAUUCGAGAUCGUUGAACGUUCAACCCCUUCGUACUUCCUCAGAGAAACCUCCAUUUUCAACCCACCAAAAACCCUAAUGCUAAACCCUUGCUUCCCCAUUGUUGAAGACGAGCUCGACUACGCGCUCGAACUACUCAGCUUCGCUCCAGCACCGCCCGUUUCCUUCGAUCGCUUCGCCGAUCUGAUCCAGAUCGACGAGACGCCUCUCCACACCUCAACUCGCCGGGUCACCCGCCGCGUCGGGAUCGAUGAGCUGUACCUGCACGCACUCAGCGACCGCGUUUCGGCUCUGGAGUUAGGGUUUGACCGACUGGCGAAGGAGGAGAAGAGCAGGAAGAAGAAGUCCGUCGACAGGAAGUACACGUGGACGGCCGAGAUUAAGCGCCCGGAGGAUGAGAGGAAGUACAAAUGGACGGCGGAUAUUAAGAGCGGGAAGGAUGUGAAGAAAGCGCCGGAGAAGAGUUACAAAUGGACGGCCGAGAUUAAGAGGAAUGGCGCUGGAAACUCGCCGAUCGAGCAGACGUACACGAUUAAGGUGACUAGUGGCAACAAAAGCAGUGAAUCGAUGGAGGAGAAGAAGAAGACGAAGAAGAAAUGUGAGAAAGUGAAGGAGUUCAAAUCAGUUGGGUCAACUGCCCGCAUUGUUGACAUUGAAGAGCCCUCUGAUCACGGCGGCGUUGUUCUAAGGAAGGUUUUUGCCAAGAGAGUAGAAAAGAAAAGGGGGAAGAGGAAGGAGUUAUCUCCCCAAGAAGCAGCAGAUCUUAUUCAGAAGAGUUUCCGAGCAUAUCUUAUCCGAAGGUCACAGACUCUACGCGCACUUCGUGAGCUGGCAAUUGCAAAGUCCAAAUUGAAGGACUUGAGGGCUCUAUUCAACAACUUCUCGUACCGCCGCCUGCUUUCUCGAGAUGCAGAGGAACGUCAGAGAUUCUCCGAAAAGCUCAUUGUUUUGCUUCUUACGGUUGAUGCAAUUGAGGGUGUUGAUUUGAUGGUUAGAGGUGCGAAAAAGUCGAUGGUGAAUGAGCUGGAAGCGAUGCUUGAUGUUGUGGAUCCGGAACCUUCCGGAAGGUCUUUGUCCAUGAAGAGAAGAACGUUCGAUUUGCCUGAUGGAAUGAUCGACAAAGAACUUGCUGCGGGUGUUGCUCAGGUUGUUCGAAUGCUGGAUCAAGAGGAGACUGGUUCCGAAGCUUUUGAAGCGUGCCUGUAAGUUUGUUUUAACUCCACUUUGACGACUUCCAUUUUCGUUUAGGUUUAUUGCUAUUAUAUGCUGCUGGGGUAUUUUGAAGACGCCUAUCUAGUUUGAAGAGGGAUUCUACUUCGUUUUGAAUCUUUUAUUUUUCCCACUAAAACCUUGAACAAUUGUCGCUUUCCUUGGUUUAUUUAACCUUUUAUGUGUGUGGUUUGAAUGGUACUAAUGUAUUAGUAUAAUGACGUUUCUGAUCUUUUUAUUUUAUUUUCGAUACUAGAAGUUUUGACAAUAAUGGUGCAGUGUGCGUAGUAGUUUUACUGGAG